AUGGACGAGCAUUGCGUCCCCCGGACCCAAAUCCCCGAGCGUCUCUACCGGGUCCAGCAUGACAAGUCUUUCACAAAGGACGCGGAGAUAGGGCUAGUUGCAUCUGACGUGACAACAUUCACCGAGGACUCAGAAGAAUUUGCAAGUGUCGUUCAGUCCCACAUCAAUGGGAUCAAAGAAGAAGACGGAAGCAUAUUCAUCUCUGCUUUCGCCAGCAAGACUCAGGCCGAAGACUGGAUGUGUCGCAAAUGGCGCUCGUACGGCGAAGGUGCUCAAAUCCUCGAGAUCGAAACGAGUCAUCUUGGCCAUGGGUAUGUGUACCGCGCUGGCGAAGUGGCUCACACUCUCGAGGUGGAUGUCUCAGGGACGACGUACGGGGACCUGCACAAUGAGUAUUUGAUCCUGCACCGUGUUCCCGCUCGCGCUAUCAUCGCCCGGCGGGCUCGGAUGAUGACUCAUGGAUUGGAAGACAGGAAUUCUGCAGGAGACAGCAGCUCAGAUGCGACCAUGGCAUCAAGGAAAUCUUCUGUAUCGUUCCAAUGGCCAGAGCUACCGGGUAAAAGGGGACAAGCUGCGUCUAAGACAAUAAUCGACCUCCGGAGUGAACCGAAAACGGAGUUUAUCGGCUCCCCGCCUAUCGGCUCCUCCCCUCGUGGCUCAAUCUGGUAA